UAGUGCCUCCCUCUCCAGAGGGGUCGAAGUCUGUAGCGAACCCGCCCCGGACCAGUCGUCGCCGUUUGGCUCGGAGAAGAAGACCCAUGCAGCCGGUUCUGGUGUCGGAGGCGGCGGCUCCGCUGCGGCGGAUCCGCCCUCGUUCCCUGCUGCUCAUCGCCGUCACUCUGGUUCUUGUGGGGGCCGAAGGAAACGGGCCCGAGGUACGGAGACACAAACGAGAAUGGAUCAUAGCUCCCAGACAGCUGUACGAGAACCACGACUACACCACCUACGACAGCAUCGCCAAGAUAAACUCUGAUAAGAUCAACUACACAACGAUAUUUUACUAUCUAGAAGGGCCUGGUGUUGACCAGCCCCCCAUAGGGACGUUUGGUAUCGACCGUCGAACUGGAUUUGUGAAAAUCUAUUCCAUUCUGGACCGAGAGAAGAUUUCUUCCUACAAAUUAACAGGAAUCGCAAAGUACGCUGACGGGACCAGAGCUGAAAAGGAUAUCGAGCUUAACAUCGUUGUUUUGGACGUGAACGACUGCCCACCGGUCAUCAAAGUACAGCAAGUCGGAUCCGUCAACGAAUCAAGUGCAGAAGGUACGGUUGUGAUGAAAGUUAUAGCUACUGAUGAUGAUGAAAAGAACUCGCCGCACUCCCAGAUCCACUACAGCAUUGUGGAGCAGAGUAACACAGCUGGCAUGUUCUUCAUCAACUCUCAGACUGGGGAGGUCAUGGUUCGACGCAACACUCUGGACAGGGAGAGACAAGAUACUUACACGUUGAAAAUAAGAGUCUCCGACUUGAAUGGGCAACGUGGAGGAAACACAGGAACGGGUGAAAUUACGGUCAAAAUUCAAGACAUAAACGACAAUAUUCCGACCCUGGAGAAAGAAUCGUACGAAGGGAGUAUACAGGAGAACACUAUCAACGUGGAGGUGAUGAGGAUCAAAGCCGUCGACAUGGAUCUCAUUCACACGGACAACUGGCUCGCCGCGUACAACAUUGUUUCGGGGAACGAGGCCGGCAUCUUCAGCAUCACCACGGAUUCUCAGACCAACGAGGGAAUUAUCAUGAUUCACAAGGCCUUGGACUAUGAGGAACAAAAGUCGGUCAACUUGCAAGUGGCUGUUUCCAACAAAGCAGCGUACAGCUUUGGCAGCGGAGCUCUAACCGGUUCCACUACGCAAAAACCCUACCGGGUCAAUAUCAACGUGCUGAACGAGAAGGAAGGUCCCCGAUUCCAACCAAGCGUCAAAGUGGUGACUAUCUCUGAGGACCACACCGUCACCUCCAUCCAAAAAGUCAUCGCCAACUACGCUGCCAUCGACAGCGACACGCUGAAGAUUGCCUCCAACGUACGGUAUGCCAAACUCAAAGAUGACGACAACUGGCUGAUUAUCGAUGAAAGAACAGGAGACAUCAAGCUGAAUAAACUACCCGACAGAGAGUCCAAGUUCUUGAUCAACGGAACAUAUUAUGCCCAAAUCAUAUGCACCACCAACGAGGUUCCCUCCCAGACGGCCACAGGGACCAUAGCCAUCCAGGUGGAGGACUUCAACGACCACUGUCCGGAACUGACCACUAAAAGCCAGCACAUGUGCGUCGAGGAUAAUGUGAUCUACGUCACGGCCGUAGACAAAGACAAUUUCCCCAAUUCUGCACCAUUUGAGUUCUCGGUGAUUCAGGGGGGGCGAAAGGAGAAAUGGACAGUGGAGCAUUUUAAUGAGACCACAGCCAUUCUGCGAGACCAAGCCAAGCUGUGGCCCGGCAAGUACACAGUGGCAGUGGAGGUCAAAGACCAGCAAGGAAAGUCGUGCGCUCCUGUUCAGGUGAUGGACGUCAUCGUGUGCAAUUGCGAUACCAGCACAAGGAAUUGUAGCUCCCGCGCUGCAAAGACCACCGCUUUCGGGGCUUCGGGGGUCCUGCUGAUGCUCCUGGGACUGCUGCUUCUGCUGUUGCUUCCCCUUCUGCUGCUGUUCUGCCUGUGUGGAGGUGCUGCAGCAAUUGGAGAUUUCAAGGCCAUUCCAUUUGAUACAAAACAGCAGCUCAUCGCAUAUCACACCGAGGGACAGGGAGAUGACCGGGAAGUUCCUCUUCUAUAUGUGCCGGAGCAAGUUAAUGUUGGCACAGUCAACAACAACAGCUUUGGGGCAAAGGGGUACCCAGGAGGAAUGGUUGAACUAGGAGGCGUAGCAGGCGGAGGCGCUGCCCUACACAACUCCUUCUCACGCGAGAACCAGGACCUGUACAACCAACAUCACGUCUCCAGUGGGCAGGUGGGGAUGGACUACGUGGACGCUGGGAUGAUGGCAGGACGAGAGCGGCUCUUCUCCCGGUACAGAGCUGAGGCCUUUGAUGGGAUGGCUCUAUCGGAUCACUUCCUGGCGGACUAUUAUUCACGCCAAUCCGACCAUGCUGCUCACCAAUCGCAGGAAAAGGACGGUCUUCUGGUCUAUGACUACGAAGGCCGGGAGUCCCUGGCAGGGUCUGUAGGUUGCUGCAGCCUUCUUGACAACGACGACGACCUUGCCUUCCUUGAUGACCUUGGGCCUAAAUUCAAAACCCUGGCUGAGAUCUGCAAGGUGUCGGCCGUCGAUUCCGUGGAUGCACGGGUUUCGUUCUCUCAACCCAGACCAGUGUCCCCUGUCUGGCCCUCCACCCGCACCCACGUCAGUGCUCACACAGAGACAACCAGGGACAGGAGCCGGGACCACGUGAACAUCAACACCCUCAACACCUCCAAUGUGGCAUCCGGAUCCUCCACCAUUGUGCAGGAGGAGCGAAUCACUGAGAGAACCCGCGGUUCAGCCACUGCUCCCAGGGUACAAGUCCAAGACCACAUUGUGGUUCCCAGUCAGACGCUGCUCGUGCAGCAGCCCACGAUGUACUACGCCGCCUCUCCCAUGUAUGUGGUCGAGCCCAAUCCCCAAAUGGUGCUGGUGGCGGGGGGGACCCAGCAUGCGGUAGGUCAAGUAGGCCAAGUCGGGCUCAGUCAGGGGCUGGUGCAGGUUAGCGGCAUGCAAGGAACUCAGGGCGUGGUGCUGGUAGAUAGACACGUAGGAACGGGGGGUGUGUCAGGGCAGGUCGGGCAAGGUAUUUCACAAUCAAGCCUCUCCAGAUCCAGGCAAGUGUUCUUGGUGGAGGAUGGGUCCUCAGGUAGGGAGCAAGGGGUGAGCUUGGCACAGGGAAUCGGUCAGAUAGCACACGGGUUUGCGGAGCAGAGUCCGGAGAUCAGAGAUCAAGGUUUUCAGGUUCAAACACAGAGUUUUUCACGGUAUUCCGACAGGGCCACAGGGUCGAAUGAGGACUUUGCUCAGGCAGCCGCGCCCAAAUCACAAGGCACACAGAGAGUCGUUGUGCAACGUAAGAAGGUCUCAGUCACUGAGAGGAACAUGGAGUCUAGUACAAGAGCCUGAAGCAACCGCUUUUCUCUGCAGUUCAACUAAUGUCACACUUGUUUGAUAUGUUCUGAAACAUAUUUUACUGCAUUAAAGCGUAAUGCUGUAAAUAAAUACACAUAUGUUCGUGUAGAUAGAGAGAUUGUGAUGAAAUGGGGAAAAAAAACUGGUAAAAGGAUUGUUUAAUUUGUUACACAACUGACUGUAGUUAACGUGUGAUAUUGACUAUCUCACUAUUGGAGCCACAGAGAAUUGGAUUUCCACUCAAUUUUGUAUAGUAAAAUAUUUUUAAAUAAAUUAAAAAAUGUGCUCACACUAAAAAGUGUAUAAAUGUUUUGUAGGCUACCUCUACACACUAGCUAGUAUUCCUAUCAAGAAUAUAACUGGAACAAAGAAACUCUUUUUAUUACGCAUCACAUGACUCGUUUCUACACAGAAUGACGGCCUUAAAGACCCUGUAUUUAUUUGAGGAACAGAACUCGAAUGGCUUCAGCGGUGGGAGCAGCUAAAGUAAACACAACUAGAACUGGAGCUGAACACAAACGGCAAACGGCGGAUCUUAUCUCCCAACCCACAGGAAAAUUAAAAAAGCAGCCCACAAACAACAAGAGCGGCGUCGACUAGACCCCAAUCCCCCCGUGUAAAUAGUCCUGUCAUUGCUACGGAUUAACAUGUUUAUAGAUAGAAAAUGGCACAUAGAAAAUGCCUCUUAUGUCACUUGUCAAAGGUUCUGUUAGAAUAAGGGUUAUUACUGAAAUUAUACCUCUUGAGGUAUUGAAUUAUGUUGUUAGCGGGGUGUGAUUCUAUAGAUGCUUUGGUUGGGUUUCAUAAUAUUCAUAAUAAUAAGCCUUUCUGCAACAUUUACACUGUUGAAUUUUGUUAAACUGUAACUAACUAACAAGAUUUAAUGAACAUGCUGUUAAUAAACGUGUUUAUCUGUAACUAAACGGUGAAACAUGUUUCUGCUUGCGUCUGCUAAUUCUGUUUGUGUGUAGAACUGACACGUUUCUUAUCAAUAGAUAAAAUAGUCACCACAGACUGUAAACCAAAGAAGAGACGACUAAAAAACAUCUAAAAUGUGUUGUACUUAAAUCUAAUAAAAAAAGUAAAGCUUUCUAUUAUUUCUGCUGAGCUGUGUUUUUUAAUUUGGAUUUUCUAAAAGUGUUCAUUCCAAAGGAUCUAAGUGCCAAUUCCGUAAGAAAAAAGAAAAACAAAGAGGUACAUUUUAACCGACGACCUUAUUUUUACAAACAUAUUAUUAAAUACGGCUUUUAAUAUGUUGUUUUAUUGUGUGUUCCUCCAUCUCUCGCUGUGUGUGAGUAUACGUGUAUAAAGGUAACAUACAUGGGGUGUGGGGAUAGCCGGAUAAAUGAUAGACAAGCUUGGCAAGCACAGAAAACAUGUAAUAGAAUGAUUGUAAUAUUGCUGUAUUUGCUACUGAUGUGUUGUAUUUCCAGCUGGAGUGUUGAAUGUGCUGCACGAAUAUCGCAGACUGCAUAUUGUUUUAUUAACGGACUGCGCUGAAGCAGCCGUGUCAGACACAUUGAUGAGACGUUUUGCACAUCCUGUUGUAAUAAAAUCAGAUGUAAAAGAGA